UUUAACAUUUUAUCAAACAAAAAAAAAAAAAAAAAUAAAUUUCUUCGAAUCACAAGAUGACCAAGUACUUUAACACGCACAUCCUACAAUCGCUGGUGACCGAGCUGUCCGCCGAGUAUCGGGAUCGUUAUCUGAACCGAAGCUCGGCGGGCCGCUACGUUCUGUAUGCCUCCUCCGAUCCUUGCAAGGAGCUUCAUCCCCGGACCGUGAAGAAGAGUUUGCUGAAUCUGUUUGGAAGGAAUGAGUCGCCAAACGAAUGCGUCGUGAGAAUCCGUGAGGAGAAUUUCCCCAAGAUAACGGAGCCGCUGGGCUUGGAGAGUGCUGUCGAUAAAAUGGGGAAAUCGGAGGAAGAAGGCCUCGGGAUGGGCACAAAUUCCAAAUCCUCAACGAGUAUCAUCAAUCUGGAUCAACGCGCCAGGGGCGGCCUCAACGCCUCCUAUGAUCCCAAUAUGCUAUUUGAGAAUGAAUACCAGUCCAACUGGACGGGGGAGAGUAACUCCAAUUUCUUUAGCAAUCCCUCCAUCCUCUGGAUAGAAAAGCAAAUCCAGAGUUACACAGAUGCUCACCAUGCACAGAUGCAGGAGAAGCAGGUGGAUCUUGAUGAGCCAAGCUCCGCGAUGAACCAGAUGCCGUUCCAGGAGGCGAGUUCCGAGCUGAGCUCAGAGGAGAACGAUAUUCCGGAACAGGUGAUCCAUCUGUUCGAUUCCUGGGAUAAUUGGUGGAAUCAGAUCCGCCGGCAUGACGAACCUAACCCCUUCGUUGUUGACUGCUGGGAAUUAUUAUGGAAUCUCUUGAGCUACUGCAUACGUAUCGUUCGUCUAUUCUUUUUGAACAGGGGGGAGGAGCCAGGUCGCUGGUUAAUUCGAUUCUAUAUGGACCGGGCACACUAUGCUUCCUUUAUUCUGGGACCAGCCACUGAUGAGUGCAUAGCGGUCCUAGCAGACCACAUCGUUACCAUAAUCAAGUGGGCAAUGAAUAAGGAGGUGCAACCUUCUGAUAUUGCAGACGAGCCACAGUAGAUGCUAUAUUCGCGAAAUGGAGACAGCGGUGGCUGUGCGGCAGUGGAGUUUCCCCCCAAACCUCCGAGCCGAGGACGGAAACGGAGCAGCAGCUGGGGAAUGCGUCAAACUUUUACUGCCCCUACACCAGCCGCUCUUUAAACCUUUUGAGUACCUCCAGGAUAUCGCGCUGCUCUUGACCCAUGUACCCGAUAACCCCGAGAAGGAGCCAUCAGUGUUAAUUUGAUGUGCGUUAAAUCCUUGGCCAAAAUUUUAAGUAAAGGAAUAUAAGACUG